GAGUGGGAGGGGAGAGAAGGGCAGCGGGGCAGGCGGAGCAGAGACAGAGAGAGAUUGGGAGAGAGAGAGACGAAGCCAGCCCCGCGCUCCUUCUGCCGCGACGGAGACAGAGGUUGGGGCGCAAAGGCAAGGCAGGAAGGAGGCAGCAGCAGCAGCAGCGGGGCCGCUCUGUCCUGGCGCCUGGGCGAGGAAGAGGAGGAGGAGGAGAGAAGCCGGGCGAGGAAGGGAGCCCGGGACCACCAUGAGGGAGCGCGGGAGGGUCCGCCUCUUGGUCCUCCUGCUGCAGCUCGGAGCUUUGGGCUGCGGGAGAGGUGCAGCAAGCAACACUGAAUGUUCCUGUGGACGCAACCACUUCACCUGUGCAGUUAGCGCCUUUGGUGAAUGCACUUGUAUUCCUGCUCAGUGGCAGUGUGAUGGUGACAAUGACUGCGGGGACCAUAGUGAUGAAGACGGCUGCAUGCUGCCAACUUGCUCUCCCCUGGAUUUUCACUGUGACAACGGCAAAUGUAUUCGACGUUCAUGGGUCUGCGAUGGAGACAAUGACUGUGAGGAUGAUUCUGAUGAACAGGACUGCCCACCACGAGAGUGUGAAGAGGAUGAAUUUUCAUGUCAGAAUGGAUACUGUAUACGCAGCUUAUGGCACUGUGAUGGGGACAAUGACUGUGGGGACAACAGUGAUGAACAAUGUGAUAUGAGGAAAUGCUCAGACAAAGAAUUCCGCUGCAGUGAUGGCAGCUGCAUAGCUGAACAUUGGUUUUGUGAUGGCGACACAGAUUGCAAGGAUGGCUCAGAUGAGGAGAACUGCCCAUCAGAUAUUCCUGCAGCAACAUGUAGCCUGGAGGAAUUCCAGUGUGCAUAUGGCCGCUGCAUCCUAGACAUCUAUCACUGCGAUGGAGAUGAUGACUGUGGAGACUGGUCUGAUGAAUCUGACUGCUCUUCCCACCAACCAUGCCGCUCUGGGGAGUUCAUGUGCAACAGUGGUUUGUGCAUUAAUGCUGGAUGGAGAUGUGAUGGUGACUCUGACUGUGAUGACCAAUCAGAUGAGAAGAACUGCACCACAUCAAUGUGCACAGCUGACCAGUUCCGCUGUAAAUCUGGCCGGUGCGUCCGCUCAUCGUGGCGCUGUGAUGGGGAAGAUGAUUGCUCUGAUAAUAGUGAUGAGGAAAACUGUGAGGAUACAGGGAGUCCCCAGUGUGCUCCUGACCAGUUUCUGUGUGGGAAUGGGCGCUGCAUUGGCCAGAGGAAGCUGUGCAAUGGUGCAAAUGACUGUGGAGAUGGCAGUGAUGAGAGUCCUGAUCAAAACUGUCGUCCUCGAACUGGUGAGGAAAACUGUAAUCUCAACAAUGGAGGCUGUGCCCAGAAGUGCCAGAUGACUCGAGGGACAGUGCAGUGUACAUGCCACACAGGCUACAGGCUCCUGGAAGACGGCAGGUCAUGUCAGGAUGUGAAUGAAUGUGCAGAGGAAGGAUACUGCAGCCAAGGAUGCACCAACAGUGAGGGGGGGUUUCAGUGCUGGUGUGAGCAAGGCUAUGAGCUUCGUCCAGACAAGCGCAGCUGUAAAGCACUAGGGCCAGAGCCUGUGUUACUCUUUGCCAAUCGGAUCGAUAUCCGGCAGGUGUUACCCCAUCGAUCAGAAUAUACCCUACUUCUGAACAACCUAGAAAAUGCCAUUGCUCUUGAUUUCCACCAUAACAAGGAGUUAGUGUUCUGGUCUGAUGUCACAUUGGAUCGGAUUAUGAGGGCGAACCUGAAUGGUAGCAAUGUGGAGGAGGUAGUGUCCACAGGACUGGAGAGUCCAGGUGGGCUGGCUGUUGACUGGAUCCAUGACAAGUUGUUUUGGACAGACUCUGGGACAUCUCGCAUUGAAGUGGCAAACCUGGACGGCACACACAGGAAGGUGCUUCUCUGGCAGAAUCUAGAAAAACCCCGUGCCAUUGCUCUUCAUCCCAUGGAGGGCACCAUCUACUGGACUGACUGGGGGAAUACCCCUCGCAUUGAAUACUCAAAUAUGGAUGGUUCCAAUCGACGCAUCAUUGCUGACACUCAUCUUUUCUGGCCAAAUGGGCUAACUAUUGACUAUGCAGGGCAUCGGAUGUACUGGGUUGAUGCCAAACAUCAUGUAAUUGAGAGAGCUGACUUGGAUGGACAGAACAGGAAGGCUGUUAUUAGCCAAGGCCUUCCACACCCCUUUGCCAUCACAGUUUUUGAAGAUAGCCUUUACUGGACAGAUUGGCAUACUAAAAGUAUAAACAGUGCCAACAAAUUUACUGGCAAGAACCAGGAAAUCAUCCGCAAUAAGCUUCACUUCCCCAUGGAUAUCCAUACAUUGCACCCUCAACGUCAGCCAGCAGCAGGGAGAAAUCGUUGUGGAUCUGACAAUGGGGGCUGCACUCACCUGUGCCUACCAAACAACAAAGCAUACACCUGCGCCUGCCCCACAGGUUUCCGAAAGACCAGCAGCCACACUUGUGCCCAGAGUCUUGACAAGUUCCUGCUUUUUGCCCGAAGGAUGGACAUCCGUCGUAUCAGCUUCGACACAGAAGACCUGUCUGAUGAUGUCAUCCCCUUGGCUGAUGUACGCAGUGCUGUGGCUCUGGACUGGGAUGCAAAAGAUGACUACGUCUAUUGGACAGAUGUCAGCACCGAUUCCAUUAGUCGAGCAAAAUGGGAUGGAACAGGCCAGGAGGUUGUGGCAGAUAGCAGCUUGGAGAGCCCAGCUGGUCUGGCUAUUGAUUGGGUCACCAACAAGUUGUAUUGGACAGAUGCAGGAACUGACCGGAUAGAAGUGUCCAAUACAGAUGGGACGAUGCGUACUGUGCUAAUAUGGGAGAAUCUAGAUAGACCCAGAGAUAUCGUGGUAGAUCCUGUUGGAGGGUUCAUGUACUGGACUGACUGGGGGGCAAACCCAAAGAUUGAAUGUGCAGGCAUGGAUGCCUCUGGCCGCUUGGUGAUCAUCUCAUCUAACCUGACUUGGCCCAAUGGACUGGCCAUUGAUUAUGAAUCUCAGCGAUUGUACUGGGCAGAUGCUGGUAUGAAGACAAUUGAAUAUGCUGGCCUAGAUGGCAGUGAUAGGAGGGUUUUGAUUGGAAGCAAUUUGCCCCACCCAUUUGGCCUUACUCUUUAUGGAAGUCGAAUCUUCUGGACUGAUUGGCAGGCAAAGAGCAUCCAGAGUGCUGACAAAAGGACUGGGGAGGAUCGUGAAACUUUACAGGACAACUUGGAGAACCUUAUGGACAUCCAUGUCUUUCAUCGACAUAGGCCUCCAGUACACACACUGUGCAGUGUUAACAAUGGUGGAUGCAGUCACCUUUGCCUCCUCGCCCCUCUUCCUAAAGGCCACACCUGUACCUGUCCUACUGGCAUCAACCUGCAACCAGACGGAAAAACCUGUUUGCCAGGAAUGACUAGCUUCCUGAUAUUUGCCAGAAGGGCAGACAUCCGGCUGGUUUCACUUGACAUUCCAUAUUUUGCCGAUGUUGUUAUCUCUGUCAAUAUGACUAUGAAAAACACCAUUGCCAUUGGAGUGGAUCCUCAGGAAGGAAAGGUUUAUUGGUCUGAUAGCACACUAAGGAAGAUUAGCAGGGCUGCCCUGGAUGGAUCCCAGUAUGAAGAUAUUAUUACUACAGGGUUGCAAACCACAGACGGAUUAGCAGUGGAUGCUAUUGGUCGCAAAGUAUAUUGGACUGACACAGGAAUCAAUAGGAUUGAAGUUGGUAACCUAGAUGGGUCGAUGAGAAAAGUUUUGAUAUGGGAAAACCUGGACAGCCCAAGAGCAAUUGCACUUUACCAUGAAAUGGGGUUUAUGUAUUGGACAGACUGGGGUGAGAAUGCCAAGUUGGAACGAGCAGGAAUGGAUGGCUCCAAUCGAAUGGUCCUUAUCAAUAACAACCUUGGAUGGCCCAAUGGAUUAGCCGUGGAUAAGGCUGGAUCACAGCUCCUCUGGGCUGAUGCACAUACUGAGCGUAUAGAGGCUGCAGACCUGAAUGGUGCAAAUCGCCGCACCCUCCUCUCACCAGUGCAGCACCCGUAUGGCCUCACUCUACUGGAUUCCUACAUUUACUGGACUGAUUGGCAAACACGUAGCAUUCACAGAGCUGACAAGAAUACUGGUGAAAAUGUCAUUCUGGUCAGAGCAAACCUGCCUGGUCUAAUGGACAUCCAGGCUGUUGACAGGGAGCGCCCUCUUGGUGCUAACAAAUGUGGCAUGAGGAAUGGAGGUUGCUCUCAUCUCUGCCUUCCAAACCCUGAAGGCUUUUCCUGUGCUUGCCCCACUGGUAUCAAGUUAAAGACAGAUGAGAGGACCUGUGAUCCCUCUCCAGAAACCUACUUGCUCUUUUCUAGUCGUGGUUCCAUUCGGCGGAUCUCACUGGAUACUAGUGAUCAUACUGAUGUUCAUGUCCCCGUUCCAGAAUUGAACAAUGUUAUCUCUCUGGACUAUGAUAGUGUAGAUGGCAAGAUUUAUUACACGGAUGUCUUCUUAGAUGUUAUUAGGCGAGCAGACCUGAAUGGCAGUAAUAUGGAAACAGUUAUUGGCCAAGGUCUGAAGACAACAGAUGGUCUGGCUGUUGACUGGGUGGCUAGGAAUCUGUACUGGACAGACACAGGCCGUAACACUAUCGAAGUUGCAAGACUAGAUGGCAGCUGCCGAAAAGUGCUAAUCAAUAACAGCCUCGAUGAACCCCGAGCAAUUGCUGUCUUUCCCAGAAAGGGGUAUCUCUUCUGGACAGACUGGGGACAUGUUGCUAAAAUUGAACGUGCAAACCUAGAUGGUUCUGAACGCAAGAUUCUGAUCAAUAGUGACUUAGGCUGGCCCAAUGGGCUAACCCUGGAUUAUGACACCAGAAGGAUUUACUGGGUAGAUGCUCACUUAGAUCGCAUAGAGAGUGCUGAUCUCAAUGGGAAACUACGUCAGGUGCUGGUCAGUCAAGUAUCACACCCCUUCGCCUUGACACAGCAGGACAGGUGGCUGUAUUGGACAGAUUGGAAGACUAAGUCUAUCCAGCGCGUGGACAAAUAUUCUGGCCGGAAUAAAGAGACUGUUUUGGCCAAUGUUGAAGGGCUUAUGGAUAUCAUUGUGGUCUCUCCUCAAAGACAGACAGGCACCAAUGGUUGUGGAGUGAAUAAUGGAGGCUGUACCCAUCUCUGCUUUGCCAGGGCUACUGACUUCAUUUGUGCAUGUCCAGAUGAACCAGAUGGGCGUCCUUGCUCCAACAUUCCUGGCAUGGGGCCUGCAAUUCCUGAGUCCACUCGUUCAAGCAAAAAGUAUGAGGCUCCCACUGAUAGAUCUGGCUCUCCCACAACCAAACCCCAAAUAUCUGUGGAAAUGACAGAAGGAAACUGCUCUGACAAAAAGGUUGGCCAAGGCCUAUGCAGCCGAGCAAACGAAGCUGUGCUUGCAACCACAGGAGAAGGACUGCGUGUCAGCUACAUUAUUGGGGGCCUUCUCAGUAUUUUGCUCAUAUUGCUGUUAGCUGGUGCGGUAAUUAUAUACAGGCACAAAAAGUCCAAGUUCACAGAUCCUAGCCUUAGUAAUCUUACCUACAGCAACCCAUCUUACCGGACGUCUACCCAAGAAGUCAAGAUCGAAACAAUUCCCAAGCCUACCAUGUAUAACCAGCUAUGCUUUAAGAAGGAGGCUGGUCCUGAUCAUAACUACACCAAGGAAAAGAUCAAGAUUGUAGAAGGAAUAUGCCUCUUGUCCAGUGAUGAACCUGAAUGGGAUGACCUCAAACAGAUACGGAGCUCUCGGGGAUGUAUUCUUCGUGACCAUGUCUGCAUGAAGACUGACACAGUCUCUAUCCAAGCCAGUUCUGGCUCCCUGGAUGACACAGAAACUGAGCAGCUACUACAAGAGGAGCAAUCCGAAUGUAGCAGCAUCAACGCAGCAGCCACUCCUGAGCGCCGCGGUUCUCUUCCAGACACAGGCUGGAAACAUCAGCGCAAACCUUCAACAGAGAGUGAAGUUUAAGGCAAACUUCAAGACAUUUCUUCCUCCUUCUCUGCCAUCCUUCGCACUGAUGAGAUAGGAUCUUGCCCGCUCUUCAAGGAGAAACUUGAAGAAUAGCCUCCAUACCUUAUGGAAGACCAGAGACUCUUGGAGAGGCGCCCAUGUUAGACUUUGCCUUUGCGGCUUAAUGGGACACAACUCAAGAGACCCUUUUGGCUCAUUGAUCGUUUGUGUUUAUUUAUAUGCCCCCUUUCCUACAAACUAUCGUGUUGAAUUCAGCAGCAGCUUUUUCUCAGCUGACUUUGACACAGCUUUUAUUUGGUGAGCACACAAACAAACUGAGGACUCAGCCUCACCAAGUGGCCAGACUUUCUGAAUUUACCCACACCUGAUACCUGUUGCCUUUCUUCUGAGGAUAUUGGCACUAACUGGAUUUUGCACUGCACUCUUUCUACUUUGAGGGGGAAAGGAUUGGGGGCAGUAGAGAUGAAAAAGGUGAUAUAAAAGCAAAUGAGUUUGGCAGAUACAGGAAAGUAAAUUCAUAUGUAAUUUCAUUGUAAGGGGCAGUGUCACUGUCAUCUUUUCAAGUUGUAGGAAACUGCUGCCAAAUCCAGAAUUGGGUGUGAGGAAUCCAUGGUGUAAAGCACUCAGUCUGUUGCUGGCAACAGACUUUAUACCAGAAUGCCCAAUCCCUUCCUAAAACAUACUUCUGGUCUUUGCAAAUAGGGCUUGCCCAUCUAUUCCCUAUGGGGACUGAUUCUUAUUUUUAGAUAUUCCCAUUAGCUUUGACUUGCAAGGAAUGUGUUGAGUGCAAUGGUGCUGUAUCACAGUUCUUUGUUAGUCAGUUCAAAUGUCAUCCUUUAUAAAUAUGUGCUACUGAAAACAGUGUUAGCCUGUGGAAUAUAAGUCAGCAGUAUGUUGCUAGUUUUAAAAUUUGGAACAUAAUUGGACAAGAGGGUGCAUUCGAAACUCCAACAUGCUGCUAUAUAAACCCAGCAAGGAACUUUUUUCCUAUGUCUUUUGAGGCAAAAGGAUUUUACUUAGUGAUUCUGGAAGGGUGGGUUUUGCUUGUGACUUCUUUUUGUAUUUGCUGGAUAGACUGGCAGUGAAAGUUUGGUGUCAAAAAGCGGGUGUGUGCAAUGGAAAGAUAAUGAAUAUCAGGCAGGUACUGAGACAGGAAGCAUACUAUCAGUGGCUUAAGUAUGCAAAACUUCAUCCUCACUGCAACUAGAACAUGUCUGUUUCCAUCCUUCAAAACGAGCCUUGGGCUUGGCAAACUGCCUUUUCAGAACAUGAGGUGGCAGUGGCUAUCACAAGUAGAUGCUGCACAGGAUCUAGAUAUCAUUUGGCAGAACAGCAAUUAAGUUGUAGGAACUUGGAACUUUUAACCACAUAAUAUAUUCUCUUGGAAAGUGCAGCCGUAUUCUUCACCUUAGUCCUGCAAGUGCCUCUCUUGUGAUUAGUAAGUAGUUCACCGAAUGCCAAUGGGUGAAUGGCUUUGGCAUCACUGAAGAAGAGCAUGAGUUCCCUGUGCUUAUACCACUUUGUCUGCUGAUGUCUUCUUAUAAUUUAAAUGGAGAGCAGGCAAGUAUGCAAAAUGCAAUAAUGAACUCCAGCAAGAUGAUUCUCUAUUCCUUUCAAAGCUGUGUCAUUUGGUGGUGGUGAUGAAGGUAGUUGGGUUUUUUUUUUCAUUUUUAAAUAUUGACUUCCCCUCUGUUACUAAUCUGUAUUUCUUUCAAAAAGGCAAACCCCCGCCCCAAAAAAAAUGCCACUCAUCCCCAAUUCGGUAACACACUUUAUAUAUCAACAAAAAUGGUAACACUGCAUGAAGUAAAUGUGUGUUGCUGUCAUAUGUAUUAAAGGGCCUAUAUACUACAGAGCAGAGGUUGGCCAUGACUAUUGUACAGUAGCAUUUGUGUUGAAUACUGUAUGUUUAUUUCAGUCCUUAUAGAAACUUGUUUGUUCUUAGUUGUCUGCACCAGACCUCCUAAUUUUCCUUUUUCCCCUCUGUCAUCACAUUUCCCUUUUCUGCUGUUUCCAGAAUGCUUGUUUACAUUUGUUAUUAUAUUUAUUUGUUCUCAAUCUAAGUAAGUAGACUUAGUCUAUGAAAGCUUAUGCUACCAACUUCGUUUUCUCAGGUAGUCUCUAAGAUUCCACAAAAUCCCUUUAUUUGUUGUUAGUGGGAUUGUAUGCACAUCCUCAAUAUUAUAAAGAAACAUGGAGGCCAAGAAAAUACUGGGGAACCAUAGGAAUGCAAGAUAACCUUAGAGCCAUGGAUAUUGGACUAGUUUUGGUUUGCCUGAAAACUCAACUCAAUUUUUGGCAUCUGCAAGUGUCAGGUAACAUUUUAUCUUAAGGAAGCUAUAAAUGACUAUCACUAUACAUGAUCUGUUUUAAUGAAAGACUCCUAGUGCAGAAUCCCAUAUGAAAACCUGCAUGUCCAAUCAUGUUGCAAGAAAAGUCCUACUUGAAACUAUUAAACCACAGAAUGCUUUGGGUCAUUCUUGCCAAGCAUAUAGUAUUCUACUUCUAAGAAACAUUCUCACAGCAACUCUGAGAAAGUGGUUAGAAUGAAAUAUGGUAUUUAGCCCAAGAUUAUCCAUUAAAUUUUAUGCUUGAAUAGGAAUUUGAGCACAAGCUUCCAGGACUAAGUCCAGUAUUCUGUCCACUUCCAGUUCAAUCUAGAAUCUGAAUGGCUAGUGUGUUGCAGCUCUGAAUGGUAUUAAGACUUAGGUAGGCCUUCAUGGUGCCGUCCUUUAGUCAGAGCCAUUCGUUUUGGUACUUAAUGUGGGCUUCAAAGUAUAUAAUCACAUAGCUUACCUUUGUAUAGACGACUAUAUACUAUCUUAGAAACACCGUACAUCUCAUGGGGAGAAAUUUCAGUGUGGUUAAGCAAAUGAGCCAACUGCUGCAGAUUCUAUGAUCUCAUUGUCUGGGAAGUCUUCUUCUUAAUGCAGGUUCAUGUCAAUGUUUACCUCUGUUUUGGUAUGUUUGGGCAUACAUUUGAUUAAAUAUGGACUUUGGUUGCUUGGAUGUAGGAAGAAUCAAGACCUUGCAGCUUCUUCAGCAUCUCUGUUUUUCCCAGCUGCAGAACUCAGCAUUUAUGGGAAUACAAGUGUGGCAUUUAUAAGAGAAUAUAGGUUGGGUUACUUAAUACCCAUAUCUCCAUCAGUUCUCAUUUGCAGUCCUCUUCCAGGAAUGUCCAUCUAUCCAUAACCAACAAGUUACAUUCACUUCUUAUUUUGGAACCUUCUUAGAUAAAGCACACAUUUGAAAAACAAUGUGAAGGACAUUUACCUAUAUAGAACAGCCAAGAAUCCCAUACUAUCCACUGAAUUUCUCCUUCAUGCUCUCUUCCUUGUCCAUAUGUUAGGAUUUCAAGUGAAAUACAAUGUUGGGAGCCCUGUAUUUAAUCCUUAUGUGUGAUUUAAUUUUUGUCAACCCUACCUAUUUUACACCUACUUCCAAUGAACUUGGAUUUUUGUCUGGUCAUACAGACUCCUUCAACAGUGAGUUGUUUUUAACUUUGAUUUCAGCUAAUACCUCAGUUGCCAAUCUUACAUCUUACUUCCUAUUUUCCCCUUCUGCAUAUCUUCCCAGUCUGCUGAGAGUCACUGACAAUAGUGGUAUAUGAAUAAGGACAAAGCCCAGUAUUCUUUUGAGAGAAGAAAGCAGUGUAAAUGAAUUAUGCUAGCUAUAUACUGGUGUCUUUAGCCAGUUGCAGAGAAUAUAGAUUAAAUUAAUUAACAUUUGGGUAAUGUGCAUUCUUGUAAAAAAUGGUUAUGACUGGGAUAUAGAGCUGUCAUUGUGUUCAUUAGUAAGCCUUUUUUCUACUGCCAGAGACAAAAACAUAUUAGAUUUUAAUUUAAUAGUAUUUAUUUUAGUUGGCUCCAAUGUUUGUGGUCAUUUUUUCUUAAACUUCCUGAGAGGUGAGGAAAUCAAGUUCCAGUAUGGCAAAUAGAUUUCGGGAGUCACAGCAACCACAAGGAAAAUUAAGACAUAUACUUUUGGGGAAAAUGUGAAGUCAUGCUUCAGACACAAAUUGAGGACAUUGAGGCCUGGGUGAAGUUUUUAAAAGACCGUUCUAUUAGGAAUAAAUUAGUUGAAAACAGUUUUGUCCUUUUUUACUUCAGAAGCUUAGUGGAUCAACAGGAAAAGCUGCUUCAAUACAGACCCACUGGAUUUUUACCCUGCAACUUAAACUAACCUUGGUAAGGUCUUGGUAAGGAUGCCUUCUAUUGCACAUUCCAAUCUUGAGACCUGUUUUCUCAAAACAUUUCACCUGCCUUCUACUGGCAGGAGUCAAAGAGACUAUCAGAUAUUGGAAGAAUGGCACCUGUUGCCUUAGUCCUACUUCUGAAAUUAAGCAAGGAUGCAGAUUUCUGCUUAAAUGCCCAAGCAAGCUUUAGCCAAUGUUGCUGAUGUUGGUGGUUGGGGUUAUGGGGCUCUUGUGUGCUGAAGUAAAGACUCAUUUUACUGAGACUUUUCAGAAUGGAAGAAGGCUGGAAGUGGGGACAAUCUCUUGCUUGCUGAUUGACUAUGUAAAAAGCAAACAUAUCUCUCCUCUCUGUCCUCAGCUACUGGAAGCGAUUUUCCUGCAUUCCUGUGUAAUAAUUUUAAUGUUACUCACUGGAGAGAGUUGAUUUUUUUCUUGAGUUAUUUAACCACUAUGUUCAGUAUUUUAGAAAAUGAUGAUGAUAAUUUAAUAUAAACUUAGCUUUUCUUAA